AUGGAUUCUCAUUCUCAAUCUACCCAGGAUAUUGUCCCGGACGUUUCCACAUCGCUCAGUACUAAAGUUCAGACACAGUCCGCAGCCUCCGAUAUGUCGACGGAGUUACGUGUUGGUCCGGUUCCUACACCUGUCUCGAUGCCCUCUUCCAGUGUCAAUGCUAAAACUCAUUCUAUUAGGCGAAAGAGCCCCAUGCCACCGACAGAGAGUGGGGGGAGUCAUGUUUCGUCCAAGAAUCCAGUUUCAUCUCCCUCCAAACCUGUGCCAGGGGCCCCAUCGCACAAUGCAAACUCAUUACCGGCAUAUCAACGAACUCCUCAGGACCUCGACCGUAUUUCACAUACAUCAACCAUUAUUAACGGGGAAGUCAUAACUUUCCCGUCAUUUGACGAGCCAUCUCUUGACACCCAUCAGAAUCAUCGCAUCUCUGUCGCUACUGACCAAAGAUACUCUUUGGUGGAUGCACAGGUACAUACCAACGCAAUAUCCUCGACACCUCGCAAAUCGCAUGGAGACAGUGUGUAUGAUAUGUAUUUUGCCAAAACUAGGGAGGAUGACACAAGCGUGAAUCGUACACCUACGAACGACAAGUUCAAAGAGGAAGUUCCGAUGCGUUCGAGGGCUGCUGUGACCAGCCAAUACUUUGCUGAUCCUUCGCGUUCGAAGAUUAGCCGGCCUUCUCAGCCUAUUGGCACUACUAACAACCCGAUUUGGCAAGUGGUGGCUGGUUUGAAUGAUCGGUCUAGCAUAUACAGCGAGGUGGAUUCGCCUGAUAAGCGAACCAGUGACAUUAGUGUGGUAUCCCGUCGUGAUACUGUCGCGGCUGAUCCGCUUUCGUCGGAGCAAGAUAGCCGGGCUCUUUUCAUGGAGGCCCGGUCGGCGAAGCCAGUCUUGAAGUCCAUUCCACCUCUAUCCCUUGCCAACGCAUCCUUUCAUCGCCUGGAUGGCUUUGAUGACGACGAUACCCACACGCUGAGUAGCACGGAAGAUGUGCCUGACGAUGGAAAAAGGGAUAUAUUUACAAAAUCUGCGACCACUGACGCCGCUGGUGUAGAAUCCAACGUGGGUACAGCCUCUGCCAACACAGCUGCGCCACAUCGCAGCUCCUCCCCUAUUAUCGAGUUGAAUGAUCAAGGCCUUCCUGUGCAGAUCGUCUAUUAUAACGAUGAUGAACUUCCUGCCAUUAUGGACAAAAUCGCAAGUGGCAACAAUUCGGCACGCAUCGAAUUCCGACGGCGCAGCGCUUAUCCUGACAUGCAGCUACAAGAGACAGGUGAGACUGAUGGUCAUGCAGAAAAGGCAGAGGACGCAUCUCAUCUUGCAAGAGUGGAGCAGAGCAUUCUCUCAUUGCUUCGCCCUACAUUCUCUUCGCUUAAGCUCGGUGGUUAG